GCUCUGCCGUUCUUUUCGAGCGCUCACCAUAUUUUUCACUGGUAAACAAAAGAAUUUUCGUAUUUUGUUUUCCUCUCGGAAUCGGAAUCUGGCAUAAAAAUUGUUAAAUUCGAAAUAAAUAAACAAGAAAAUGAUUGUCAAUUACGACAAGAGUUUUAAAGUUGGAGACAUACAGAUAAACGAUGAUUACGCAAUGGUUCGCUGCAAAAUACCAAACUACAAGGACAUCCGACGUUAUGUACAAAUCGGAGAGUCAAUUACAACGAAAGACCAUUUUGACCUGGAUUUUAAAGGUUGUCGAUCGAAGUGGAAAAUGAUUUUUUAUCCAAAUGGUCAAUAUGACUUUGGAAAUCCCAGUAACGACUGCCGCUUGUAUUUAAUGUUAACGUCAUGCGAAAAGACUGUAUUGAAAAUGAACAUCCAAGCAUAUAUGACUAAAAAAUCGUUGCGAUCGCAGACUGAUAUUACAGUGUCAUCUAAUGCAAGUGAAUCUGUGUUUGUGGCAAGUGACAAGUUGCGAAAUUGGGCCGGACCCUUAAUUCUGUCACAAAACAACGAAAUCAACAAAGAAAGCGAAAUGUUAUUCAUCCGAUGCACAUUCCGACUACUUUCAUACGAUAACAAACGAGGUUUAAAUGAAGCAGGUUCCACAUUCACUAUCAGUCCGUUGAAAAAAUCACGCUCUAUGUCGCCGGCCGUUGUGAAGGAUAAAAUCGUUGGCAAACACGACUGUUCACCAAUGGAAGUUGAUUUUCAGAGUUCAUCGAACCAAACCACCACCAAGCCAACUUCUUCCACGGAAAUUAGUGUUGAGUUUCUCAGUCCACCAAACCCAUUCGAAUCAAAAUCUCCAAUUUUGUGCAAUCGAUUGAUGCAGCCGCUUCGGCCACCACGCGAAAAUCCUGCUGAAAGUUUUGUUAACUGUCAACGAGGCAAUUUCAAGCAUAGGCGACCAUCCUCGCGAACGAUUAUUUUUGAUCCAAAUGAACGAGAAAAGGCUAGACAGUGGCUGAAUCCGAAUGACAAUGUGAGGAAAUCAAAAUCUCCUUUGACCCCAUCAAAGAACAGCGAAUGCUUAAAGACUUCUGACAUUAAUGUUGCCAAAAAAGCGGAUCCGGAAAUGGCACAGUCUGGCACAGAAGAGAGAUCUGAAACGAGUACGUCGGACUCGGAUAUGUUGCCUGGUGAUGACGAGUCGAACGAUCAACGUACACUUCGGGAAAAAAUCCAUCAUUUUGAAAAUAGUUUUAAGUGAUGCGGGACUACUAUCCUUCAAGUUUUUGUAUUAAAUAAAAUUUUGAUUUAUCUUUGA